AAGCAUAUCUCUCUAGAACUCACACAUGGCUCCAAAGAAAGUAGAAAAGAAAUUGGAGAAGAAGAAUGAAUACAACAGAGGAGCAUGGACUUCUGAGGAGGAUAAGAAGCUUUCUCAUUAUACUCAGAUCCAUGGCCCAAAAAGAUGGAAGACACUGGCCAUCAAAUCUGGUCUAAAUCGAUGCGGGAAGAGUUGUCGACUAAGAUGGUUGAAUUAUCUUAGACCUAACAUCAAGAGAGGCAACAUUUCAGAGGACGAAGAAGAUUUGAUUUUCAGACUUCACAAGCUCUUGGGGAAUAGAUGGGCGUUGAUUGCUGGAAGACUUCCAGGACGAACCGAUAAUGAAAUAAAAAAUUACUGGAAUUCUUAUUUGAGCAAAAAAAUAGACAAUGUGAAUAAGAACACGACAAUUCCUAAUGUUCAAGUGAUAGUCCAGAAAGAGCAACACGAAUUGGGUCCAACCGGAGGACCAAUCGGAGGACCUGAAGUUGAGACGAAUAAUGGCACUAACUCUGCGUUUGAUGCCAACGAUUUCUUUGAUUUUUCUUAUGAGGGAACAUUUGGAAUAGAAUGGGUAAACAAAUUUUUUCGGUUAAACAAUGUAGAUGAGUGAAACUUCAUUGUAGGAAAAAAGUUGUUUUCAAAUCUUUGCAUUAAGAUUUAGUUGUCUUCUAGAUCUUGUCUGUUAUAGACUAAUUGAAUUAAAACAGCAUAUAUUAAUAGUAGUGCGACGUGGGCUUGUUUUGAUUGUACGAAUGAAUAUGAUUGGAUUGUAUGAUAUUUUAAUUAUUUU